AUGAAACAAUAUAAGGAAUUGAUUAAACAUUUGGAUAUUGAUCUUUGUGCUUAUAAUUCCCAUGAUAUUAUUUUGGAGUUAAAAACUAAACGCAGAAAUUAUUUUAGAAAUGAGGAUAUAAGAUAUAUUGCAGUAUUUACUGAAAAAGUUCAAAGGUUAACAAUAUUCUCAGAUGAUUUCACUAACAAGUUUAAAUAUGAGUUAACUAAAAAAGAAUUACUUAAAUAUGGCAAUCAAGGAUGGAAUUGUUUUGCUACUUUACUUGUGCAAAAUAGUAAACAACUAGGUUGGAUUAAACAGCAAUUAUUCUAUAAAGAACAUGGUAGCGUUACAUUGAAGAGAUGUAUUGGUCAUGGGAGGACGUGUCAUGUUUUUAGUGGAGAAUCACAUGAUAGAAUUAUUGUUGCAGUCAAAAUUUUAAAGUAUAAAGAUAAUAUUGAAAAGGAAGUGAACAUUUUGAAAAAGCUAGAAACCUUGAACUCUUCAAAUAUCUCUUCCAUUUUUUUUCAAAUUCAAUCUCUAUUGUGA